AUGGAUGAAGUUGAAUUAUUGAAGAUUGAAGAUAAAUCAAAGUUCAACAGAACUCUGAUGUAUGCAGAAUUAAGAAAAUUCACAACCACAGUUCCUAAUCUUCAGGCUCUGAUAUUGUGCUCUGGAGCUGUAGUUGCAGCAGGGAGAGAGCCUUUUAAGCCAAGUAAUUAUGAAUCUCUUGGAUAUUCACGGCCUGCCAGAUUACUUGGAAUUGCAAAUCGCGUGUACCCCAAAGCAAAUUUGAAGUCAGAAAGUGAAAACACUAGGAAAUGGAAGGUGUCAGUCCUCACCAGCGAUAUGCCAUCUGCAGGAACAAGCUCAAAGGUUUAUAUCAUAUUGUAUGGGGAUCACGGCAGUUCAGGACCUAUUUUUCUUGAUGGAGAGAAGGGAAAAUUAUUUCAGAGAGGCAGUGAAGAUGUCUUCACAGUUCAUACAGGAAACAUAGGACGUCUCUACAAAAUACGCAUUGGACAUACUAAUGCAGGAAGUUGCCCUGCCUGGCAUUGUGAAGAGGUGCAGUUGCUGAAUCUUUUCUCAGGGGAGCAGUUUUCUUUCCCUGCAAAUCGAUGGCUUGCCUGGGACCAGGCUGAUGGAGAAAUAUCCAUGGAGCUUCCUGUAUUACAUCAGGGUCAGCCUGUUCUUCCAGUGACUGUCUAUGAAGUGCAUGUGACAACAGGAGAUCUGUGGAAUGCUGGAACUGAAGCUGAUGUGUAUAUUUCUAUCUAUGGAGAAAAAGGUGACACAGGAUCAAGACUGCUCAGGUCACAGAAACCCAAGAAAUUUUUGAAAGGACAAACUGACAUCUUUCUUGUGGAAGCUGUGCACCUUGGCCAUUUGUAUAAGAUCGUUAUAGGACACAAUGGUCUUGGAUCAGGAAAUGGAUGGUAUCUGGACAAAGUUGUAAUCAAGGAUCCUGUAACAGAUCUGGAUUAUACUUUUCUUUGCCACAGAUGGCUGGACAAUGGGCAGGAUGACGGCAAUAUUGCGAGAGGUCUGACUGUGACAGAUGCCAGCACAUUUCCAGGAAGGAAAGAGCUGGAGCUGAAGAGAGAAGAAACUUGGGCUGCUGAAAAGUGGAAAUUUCAGAAAGGCAAUACACUUCAGCUUUACAACAGGCUCACCCAUGGUUUCAUAUGCCUCUAUCCAGACAGCAGCGUUGAUGCUCUUGGUGACAAGAAGAAUAAAUACGGACUUUUCAAUGUAAUUGUCAAGAAAGGAAAUAUUUCCAUAUUCAGAAGUCAUCAGAUACCACAUCUUGCUCUCGCUCUUGUCAAUGGCUAUGCAACUGGAAAGAGCAAAGACAAGUCUUGCUGUGAGCUUUGCAUUCACCUUCAACCAAAUGGUUGUGCCAUUCUUGAGUCAGCAAGGAACCCAGGUCACACUGUAAUGUUCAAUCUUCAAGGCAAAGUAGCUGAUGAAACAGGAUAUGCUGGAAUUUCCAAGGAAUUUGUAGUGCAUGUCAAGGGUGUAUUUCACCAUGGUGCCAUCAUUCUGCUCAACACAAAUCGCUGCCAGGCUCUGACUCUCAGAUCUGAUGGGGUCUGUAGUGGAGCAGGACAGCAGCAACAGGAAUCCUACUGGAGGGUGCAUAAAACUGGCUCUGGAGUCUGCAUGUUUGAGAGUGUGAGAAACCCAGGAAUGUACCUGAAGAUCAAAGAUGGCCAGUGUAAUGGAACAGGCACGGGUGAUGAAUAUUGUCACUUUAAAAUUGAGAAGAAUUGGGAAGCUGGAUCUGUAAGUCUGGAAUCAGUGCGGAACAAAGGGAUAUAUGUUGGUCUCCUGCCAGACGGUCAGACCAAGCCAGUCAUUAACAUUGGAGAGAGCAACAUUUUUUUCUACCCACAGGUCAUCAAAUUUGGCUGGGAAAAUCCCACAGAAACUCCUGCAGAAACCAAUCAAGAGAAGAAAGACUUCAGAGAAUCUGAGCGCCCACCAAGAAAAGCCCAGUGGCAAACAUCUCAAAGACCUUUGGUUUUUCCACCCUCAGAGGAAAUGAGAAAUCCCCAAGUUGGUGAGUGUUCCCUUCCUUCAUCUGAUGACUGGAAAGUGUCAGUGCUGACAGGAAGUGCAGGAGCUCGAGCAAAUGUCACUCUCUGGAUAUAUGGAGAUGGAGGAGCAGACGGACCAAUAACUCUCGGCAAGGAGAACAGAAAGCAGCUCUUCCUUCCUAGGCAAGAGGAUGAAUUUCAGGUUAAAUUAAAAAGCAUUGGGAAUAUCUACAAGAUAAGAAUUGAACUUAGUGAAUUACUGAAUAAGCAGUCAGAGUGGAACAUACAAAGAGUGACUCUGCAACAUGUGAUGAGCAAGAAAACUCUGAAUUUUCCAGCAAACACGUGGUUGUCAAAGAGUGAUGAUGAUAGGGAUUUUGUCUGUGAACUUCCAUUAGUGGAAGCUGGAAAACCUAUUUAUCCAAUUAUUUUAUAUCGUGUUUAUGUCUACACUGGUGACUUGGAGCAAGCUGACACGGAUUCUCCAGUUUAUCUAUGUAUCUAUGGAAAAAGAGGAGAUUCUGGUCAAAGACUUCUGCAGAAAUCUGGUAUCCCAGUGAAAUUUUUGAGAGGAAAGGUCAAUGCUUUUGAAGUGAAAGCUGUAUCUCUUGGAAAGCUGCAGAAGGUGCUGUUGCGCUGUGAGGCUAAUUCAAAGUCUCAGUAUUGGUACUGCGAUAAAGUCAUUGUCAGAGAAGAUGAGAAUAACUCAGAAUAUGUUUUCAAUUGUGAAAGGUGGCUUCCUUUUAUGUCCGGAGGUGUAAUUCAUUCAGAAAUGGAGCUGUACCCUCAAGAAUUUCAAACAACUCAACAGCUGAAAAGGCAAGAAGAAGCUAGUGAAGGAGACUGGAAGAUUACUGUAGUCACUGGGGAUUUUGAAGCAGCUGGCACAACAGCAACAGUAUCCCUUUAUGUUUAUGGAGAAAACAAAGCUUCUGGCCCUAUUAUUUUGGGAUCUGGGAAACACCAGCUGUUUAAUCCCAAUAGUGAAGAUAUAUUUAAGAUUAAUCUCGGGGAUCUUGGGCAGCUAUAUAAAAUCCGCAUUGGCCAUGACAACACUGGUAAUGAUCCCAGCUGGUAUGUGGAAGAAGUCAGACUUGAAAGACUGUCGCCUCUUUCUCAAGAAGAGAUUUGUCUGCCCAUAGAGUGCUGGCUUGCAGAAGACAAGGGUGAAGGUGAUACGUGGAGAGAAGUGGCAAUAAGAAACUCUACAAAGGAAAUUUUGCCAUUGCUUGUGUAUGAGAUCCGUGUACACACAGGUGCUAAACUUGGUGCUGAAACAGAUUUUAAUGUUUAUAUCAAUCUUAUCGGGACAAGAGGAGAUGCUGGCAAAAGGAAGCUCCAUAGAUCUAAGAACAAUAAUGUAAAGUUUCAACACGGACAGAUGGAUAUUUUCUUCAUAAAAGCUGUCUCACUUGGAAACUUGGAGAAAGUUCUGAUUAGCCAUGAUGGAACUGGUCCAGGUAAUGGAUGGUUCUUGGAUAAGAUUGUCAUUAACUAUAAAGAAGGAAAGGAAGGGAAAGAGGUUGUAUUUCCUUGUAACAGGUGGUUAGAUGAAUAUCAAGAUGAUGGGAAAACUGUGACGGAGUUAACUGUUGAAAAAGCUGUCAAUCCAGAGAAGGCAUUCCUUAAUGCACAACAGUGGAGAGUGCAGGUGAAAACAGAUGGAGAUUCCCCAGAGCCACAUGAUUGCAAAAGGACCCUUGUGAUUUAUGGCUCAAAGGGCAAAAGCGAUGAGCUACUGCUUUCACCACAAGACCCAGGACAUGUAUGUUUUCUACCCAGAGCAACAGAUGAAUUCAUUGUUGAGACUGGAGAUGUGGGAGAUGUGUAUAAGAUUCGGGUCAGCUGUGAUGAUGUGCCAGGCUUUGAGGGUUGGCACUUGAAGUCUUUCCACUUAGAAGAGCUACAUACAAAACAAGAGUUGAACUUUGACUGCAACUGCUGGCUGUCUCUUAGCAGAGAAGACAAGGAGCUGGUGAAAGAAUUCCCUGUAGUCAGUGAGGACCAGAAAACUUUACCAGUCCAUAAAUACGUUGUCUCUGUCCAUACUGGUGACCGCUGGGGAGCAGAAACCUUUGCAAAUGUUUAUAUCACCCUUUAUGGCAAAAGAGGUGACACAGGUGUAAGGAAUCUUCAUACACCUUUAACAACAGAAAGGAAAUUCCAAAGGAAUAAGGUGGAUUCAUUUUUGGUGGAAGCUGUUUCUCUGAGUCAUUUGCAAAAAGUGAUCAUAGAACAUGAUGGGCAAGGAUAUGGGGCUGGAAUGUACCUCAAGAUGAUAACAGUUAGGGAAUCACAAGACUCAGACAAUGAGUGGGUCUUUCCAUGCUGGAACUGGCUUGAUACUCAUCUAGGAUUAUGUGAGACUGUUUGUGAGAUACUUACAGUUGGUAGAAGGUUGAUUUCUCGUCCUAAACUGCCUAAAGUCAUCAUGCAGUCAUCUGGUCUCUGGAUAAUGGACAUCACUGGAUCUGACUGGAGCAAUGAAGAGGAUCCAUUACACCUCUCUUUCAUCUUUUUUGGCAACCAGAAUCAUAAGAAGUUGCCACUUCAAGUUACAGGAAAAGAAAUUCAAAUCAAAGAUGAACUGUCAGAUAUUGGCUCACUAUACAAAGUUCAGGUAACUGGCCCACAUAGCGAGCUAAAACAGCCGUGGCACUUAGAUUUACUGCAUAUGAAGCACACGGGCACAAAAGAAGAGAUGUAUUUAGCUUUUGACUGCUUGUUCAACCCUAAUGAAGACAAAUGUGUGGAACUGCCAGCUCUCUAUGCAGAUCAGGAGCCUUUGCCUGUUGUGGAAUAUUCAAUCAAUUUGCACACGGGAGACUUGAAGAAAGCAGAUGCCACUGGUGAGGCUUAUCUGUGUAUUCAAGGAGAAAGGACUGACUCAGGGAAACGAUGGCUUAACCCAAGAAACAGCCUGAUUACUUUUGCAAGAGGGCAGGUGGAUGUUUUCAAAAUCAAAGCAGUAUACCUUGGCAAGUUGAAACAAGUUCUCAUUGGAUUUAAGAGUACAAAAAAAGAUGAGUGGUUCUUGGAAAAAAUUGUUAUAAAAGAAGUCAGCUACCCUUUUUCUUCACAUGUCUUUGUUCAUAAUGACUGGAUCAAUAAACGCCCUAAGAAAGAUUUUGUGGAAGUGAUGAUUCCUCUCAAAGAAAUGUCUGUGACAUCUCCUCUUACAAAACAUGUUAAUACUAAAAGCAGAGGACGAUGGCAAAUGUGGGUACACUGUAUGCAAGUUCCAGAAGAUACACCUGAUGUUCAAGUUGUUGUAUUUGGAACAGAAGGGAAAUCUUCUUCGCAGAAAGUUCAGAAUCUGAAUGAUAAUCCAUUUCUGUUGACUGUUGGACAUGUUGGAGAUAUAACAAAACUUUCAUUUUUGUUAUCCAGUCCAUGUUUGGAAAGAGGAAUUAAGCUUCAAAAGCUUAGGCUGAAAGAUCUGGACACUAAGCAGGAGCUGAGCUUUCCCACUGAAGCUCAGUGUCUGUUUGGAGAAGAUGGAUCUGAGACUGUGACAGAGCUAGCAGCAGUCAGACCAGACAAAGCACCACUCAGAGAAGUUCUUUACUCAGUCAGUGUUCAUACAGGAACAUUGCCUGCAUCAGGAACUGAUGCAGACAUAUUUAUAACUAUAUUUGGAGAGCAGGGAGAUUCCUGCAAAAGGAGACUAAGACACUCAUGUUUUGAAAAAGGACAGGUCAGUAUUUCCGAGGUGAGAGCAGUAGACCUUGGACAAUUAAGCAAAGUGCUUGUUGAGCACAGUAAUGUCGGUUAUGGAGCUGGAUGGUACUUGGACCGAAUUGUCAUCCAUGAAUCAGGCAAGAAUGAUAGCCAAUAUAUAUUUCUCUGCCAGCAAUGGUUAGACAGUGGAGUUGGUGAUGCACAGAUGGAACGAAUGUUGAGACUACUCGGAAAAGUCAGGAAUGAAAUGCUGACAGAAAAGAUUCACGGGACUUGGGAUGUCUUCGUCACAACUAGUGAUAUUUCUAGUUCCACAAAUCCUAAAAUGUCUCUAACUGUUUGUGGCGGAAAAGGUGUCUGUACUUCAAUCAUACUCCCAAAAGGAUCCCUUAAAAAAAAGCAAGUUUAUGAGACUUCAAUUGAAUUAAAUAAGAAAUUCACUACUAUAUUUAAAGUUCGCCUAGAAAUUGAAGAAGCUGGAGAAGGACAGUCUUGGCAUUGCCGUGAGGUAAAGCUUCAACACAGAGUAAGUAAAAAUCUUCUGGAAUUUCCAUUUUGCCGCAACUUCGCAGAUGACAAAGGGGAAAGAGUGGCUGAGCUUCCAGUUCUCAUAGUCAAUUCUCCUUUUGCACCAGUGAAAAGCUAUGUUCUCUAUAUCACCACGGGAGCAUCCCCUGGGUCAGGAACUGAUGCAGAUGUGUAUGUCAUGCUGCAAGGCAUUUUGGGAGAUACUGGUAAACGAAAAUUAAUCAGAAAGGGAGAUGACAACUUCACUGAAGGAAAGGUAGAUGUUUUUCAGUUGGAGGCAGUAGAUAUCGGGACUCUGCAAGAUAUAGUGGUUGAGAAAGGGAAAGGCUCUGACUGGCUUCUGGAGAAGAUUAUUGUGAAAGAAUUAGCAACUGCUGGGACAGAAACAUUGUUUAUGGCCCAAACAUGGCUAAAAGACAGAUGUGAUGGGAAAAGAUCUGCCUCAGUAACUCUGAAUGCCACAGAAAUUCAAGAGCGGAAGAGCACUUCUAUCUGUCCUUUAGGAAAAGAGCAAAUGAAUUCAGAAGGCAGAUGGAGGAUUUACUUAACAAAACAUCAAGAUGAAACAAAAAAAGACUUUGAAAAGUUGUCAGAAAAUAUAUCCAAGUUGGUUAUGGUUUUUUAUGGAAGCAACGGCAAGUCAAAUCCAGUUUCCAUGGAAAACAAACUGGAACAUCAAGCUAAGAACCAAAUAACAUAUGAUAUAAAUUUACCAUCUGAUUUGGGUAUGGUUUAUAAAGUCAGACUUGGACUCCAGAGUUUGGAAAGCAGCAUAUCACAGUUGUCUCUUCAUCACUUUAAAAUGCAGAACACAUCAACCCUGGAUACCUUUAGUCUCACUAUAAAUAAAACACUUCCUCUUUCUCUUAAUGGAGACAGAUGGAUUGAAUUCCCUGUAGAGUGGCCAUUAAAAGAAGCACUUUCUGUGGUUACGUAUCAUCUAACAGUAUUUUCUAGAAAUAUACUGACUGACAGAAGCGUAGUGCAUAUGACUGCGUGUAUAUAUGGUACUUAUGGUGACACAGGGGACAGAUCCCUUCUCUGGUCAUUGCAGAAUGUCCAGCAGGGAGAUGACAAUGAGUCAUUUCUUGUUAUCAUGGAUGCUGUUGAACUGGGAGAAGUGGACAAAGUUGUUCUCGUAAUCAGCAGUAAGAAAGACUGCAAACUGGACAUUAAAAAAUUGCAAUUGAAAGAAUCUGUAAGAGAUCAUCCUAUCUACGUAUUUGAAGUGAAUGAAGCAUUUUCUGUGGAUCCAAAUAAGCCAGAAAUACAGAGAGAAAUCCCAGUAUCUUUUGUCAUUGGAGGAGACAAACAAAAGAAUGGUAUAAAUGACUUAAAUAAAGAAGGAAGUCAAGAAGGAAAUCAGACAGAGUAUACUAUCAAAGUAUACACAGGUCACAAAAUGGGGGCAGGAACUGAUGCCAAUGUGCAUAUUGUUUUAUUUGGGAAUGAAGACAAAUCUGAAGUGUUUCACCUCUCUCAGUCACUGGAGCAUCAAGAUCCCUUUGAAAAAGGAAUGGUUGAUACUUUCAAGAUUAAGACUAAAAAAUUAGGAAGCCUACGUUCGAUUGAAAUUGGUCAUGAUGGAAAAGGAUUUGCAAGUGGCUGGUUUCUGGAAAAAGUAGAAAUCAUGGAUGCAUCCAGGAAUUCAGUGUAUUGCUUCAACUGUAACAGGUGGCUUGCUGGGGAUGGAAGCGAUGGUAGCAACGUAGUGCAACUUUACCCAUAGCUGCUCAUUUUCUAAUUUUUUCAUAGUGUGCUGCUUCUCCAAAUUCUUGCUUGUUUGAUUUACUUGUAUGUUAUUAUUCUGAAGGUAUUGUAAUUACUGUAAAGGAAUGUCAAAACAAUGCAUUGAAAACAUCACAGUAAAUUAAACAUGUCUAAUGUGAACACUGUGUUCCAAUUCUACCAGAGUUGCUCAAAAUCUUUGCAUGGCUGAAAUUUAGAAAACAUAAAUUUUAAUCUGUAACAUGGCUCUGUAGACUUGAGCUGAGCAUUCAUAAUAGUAGACAUAUUUAGUAACACAUUUUUAUUUCAUUAAUAAUUUGUGAGUAAGUUGAAGUUAGCUCUUGGGUCAAAUCUGCCAAUUUUUAUUAAACUGAUAAAUUGUUUCAAUUUCUACAUUUAUUAAAACCAAUAUUUCCUCAAAAUCAUUUUCCAAACAAGCUGCACAACUCUUUGGCCUUACCAUAUGCUACUUCCUUUUUUCAUAAGACCAGGUAUGUAACAGAGGAAUAAAGAAUUUGUUAUUCAGGCAUUCAGCCUGUGGCAGUAAGCUUCACACUGGCAUUUAACUGCAAAAUCUUGUAGCUGAGCCAGAACUUCAGCUGAGAUCCUUUAGAUCCAUAGGGUCUCUUAAGAGAGACUUUUCCAUCAUCUCUUAUCACUAGCACUGCAAUAGCUCACUGGUUAACUUAGACAGCUCUGUGCUCAGCUUGCAUAUUUUUGCAGCGCCCAUUCUUAGGCAUCUAUCUGCCUCUCUAGUACUGUAUGUGCAAAUGUCAUUACUUCAAAAAAUGGCAAUUAUUAUUGAAAACGCACCAUAAAUAGAAACAUUUAGCAAUAAAUAGAUAAAAUAAUAAGUGAAUAAUAAGUGGCUAGAUGUUUAUUUUGGUAUUGCCACAGUUGCCAGUUGACUGAAUGUCAUAGUUUUAUGUUUUUUGUUUUUGGUUCUCAGUAUUCCUUCAUCAUUCCAUCAUUGAUGCGGAAUACUGAGAACCAAAACCAAAAAACAUAAAACCAUGACACUGAGGAAGAAUUUAGAAUAAAGGCAAUUCUGAAAUGGAAGCAUGAGUUGCACACCACCAGAAGUUUGAUGUCUGUGAUCAGAAUACAAAUACUGUGUAUUGACUACACAGGGCGUCCCUCUGUUUAAUCAAAGACUCCACCUUUAGUACCUCCAAAACUCAAAAUCUGUAUAAAGAUCUGAAUUUUAGACCUGUUUCACCUCCAAGGCACUACCAUGUUUUGUAGCAGCAAUGUACUUUCUAUAAUCACAAGAAUUAAACAAAUCUGUACUCGAUGAUACCUUGUGUCCGGCUUUUCAGUACAUUUAGUGUUUAUUUACUCACAUUAUUCUUUGAAAUGAAUGUUGUCAGAUACCUGCACAGAUUAUGAGAUUUCAGUUGUUAUUAUAAGUAAUAAAUAUAACAGGUCUUGGCAGGUAAUUUCAUUUUUAUCUACUUUAUACGUCAUCACAGGGAGAGCUGGUGUAAGAUGUGGAUGUGAUCGAGUGAGCAAUGGAACAGAGUCAAUUUCUUCUAAAAGUGCUCUUUUUGCUUACGCUGCUACCACGUGCACUGGAAUGGAUUUGAAAUUGUAUCCCCAGAGUGCACAGUUCACUUACUUAGUAUCAGUAUUCAUUACACUGAAUCACUUCGUUGUGAUCUAUUAUGUGAUUUGUUUCAUUAUUAUGUCUUUCAUUAAUAGUUUGUAAUACUAGCUCUCUUUGAUGCCAUCUCUGAUUUAUCAAGUGUAAAUAAUGCCUUCCUAAUCUGUUUUUUAUUACUAGCAGUGAAUACCUCUUUCAGCAGCUGGUGUCCUUACUUGAAAAUUAUUUCCUCUGAACAUACAGAGUAUAAAUAAGGUGUUGGAUUCACUCCCCUAGAUCCAGCGUCAUGUAAACAUUUCUACCCUUCUACUACUGGAAAACUGUCACAGCAGAGGGUUUCAUUUCGUUUCAAGUGCAUUGCAAGUGCUUGCAGAACAUAUUGCUGGAGGAUUACUUUGAUAAGAAAGCUUGAAAUACCAUAACUUCCUUAUCAAUUCUCGCUUCAAAGACGUGCCACUUAGCAUAUCGAGAUUGUGACUGGAGCCAAACCCCAAACCUGCUUCUUCUGCAUGGUAAACAGUGAUGUCUGUUGUGUUUGGCACAUGUCACUUAAUCCAUGUCCCUUGGAAGGGACAAGAGCACUGGCCAAAGGCAGAGACAUUGCAGAAGUGCCACCUCGUGUGCACUCAGCUGCUGUUGCACAGGCCAGAUGCCUUGCUCUUGUUGCUGCCAGCACCCACAGUGUGUAUGAAGACCCUGGGCAGAUAUUGACACCAGUGGUGCCUCUGCAGGAAACAGAGAUGUGGCGUGGAAAUGAGACCUCCUGUGUCAGUAAGAGACCCAGGCAUUUGGCACCUGUGGAAGGAGCAGUGAGAUAAAUCAAGAUUCAAGGCUGUAGUGGAGAGAAGUGUUUGUCUUCUGCUUCCUCUCCCUGCUGCCUCCUGUCCUUACAGAUCUGUGUGAGGGCAAUGGCUGCAGGAUUUUAUUAUUCUUAUCCUUGCUAUUACUACAAUGAAUCAGUAACAUUGAAUUUUGCACUGUAGAGAAAGCUUCAAGCGGAAGGUGGAUGCUAGAAUAUAGCCUAAAAACAUAGCAUAGGCUCUUAAACAUAAGCUCUUAAACAUGACACUCUAAAGGUGAUAAGAGGCCAUUAUUAGUUAACUCUAUUUUUUUUCCUUAUCUACUCCUGUGUGCUUUUAUAAAUAAAUGUUGAAUUGUUCUAGAUGACAUCUUUCUGCCUGUUUAAGCCCUAUGAGUCUCAGUUUCUUCUGUUAAUGAUUUGAAAAAAAAAAUAUUGCCAAGUUCUGACUGAUUCAUUGAACCAUUUAAUCUCCAAGCAAUUCCAAGUACGUACUGAAGAAAGGAUUCUUUCCUCCUAAGUAUAUAUGAGCAGCUUUAUUAUAUCUAUCUAUUCUGUAGCUUGUCAGUGGGGGAAAUAGAGUCAAAGUAAGAAAAAAAGGCCAUUCCAAGAGUUAUCUUAGAAGUCUUGGGUGAGUCCUGGAGUGGUUAAUAUUAGUAUCUAUAGACCUGCUUGCAAGAGUAAACAUCCUCUGCUCACACAUCAAUUUAAAAUGUUCUCUUGGACUCCUUUCCCAUAAGGAACAAGCUUGAAAAGUCCAUGAACACCUCUGUGCUAAGCAGUGAUGUGCUGUGCCUGAAUCUUCCUAUUACAACUCUUUUGUUUGGCAUGAACUCAUUUUAAACAGCUGUAGCAAAAAGGGGGGAAAAAAUGGAACUGUUCAUUCUCUCCUUCAAACUUUUGGAAAUUCUUAAUUGUGUAUUAAAUAUGAUGUCAUAGGAGAUCUUAAUAUCCCACUAGGCAUUCCAUAAUGCUUUUUGCAUUUAUAAUAAAGUGUGAUUUGCUUGGUGUCUUGUUGGCAACUGAAUGCAGAAUGGCAGUGGAAGAGUUGUGCACCUUGUACAAAGCUUGGCUGCAGGCUCGCUUCCCAUGAGGUCUUCCCAUAUAUCUUCUGCCUUCACUCAUUAUACAUUGACAUUC